GUCUAAUUGAUUGACUUAUUUAUAUACUGUUUAUAAGAUUACUGAGUCGACACAUGCGCGGGCCCUUUAAGAAUCUAUAUCUGCUGAUCUGUCACCAGGCGGUGCCUCCUCCUCCUCCCCCCUGCUUAUCCUCCUCCCCCUCUUCUCACAUCCGGCUGCACCGACUCUCACACUCGCACCGGCGCUGCUUGUGACACACCCGGUCAGAGAUCCAUGGAGGUGAUCGCUCACUGACACAGCAGGAUGAAGCAGGGUUUCCGCCCCGGCGGGCUGCGCUGGUGUAGACGGAGGACAGAGUGUGUGCGCUGGUGUUGAUGCUGCUCUGCUCUUCCUGCAGAGGAUGUCCUCUGUGGGGAGUGCAGAGGGACCUGGGGGGCUCGCAGACCCUUCCAUGGAGGACUGGAUGUCUCACCUGCCGGCCGCUCUCUGGGACACUCCCCUGUGUCACCUGGCCAUCCCAGGCAGUCACAACGCCAUCACCUACUGUCUGGACAUGGACAACAGAUCCCCAGUGGAUCUCACGCAGCCAGACAUGCUGCAGAAGCUGGACCGGUACCUGAAGCCCAUCAUCCGUCCUUUCGUCUACAAGUGGGCUGUCACACAGGAGUUCUCCAUUAAACAGCAGCUGGACUGCGGGGUCCGAUACUAUGACCUGAGGAUCGCUCACAGACCCAACGACAGCUCCUCGGAUCUCUACUUCUACCACGGAGUUUACACCACCAUCACUGUGGAGACUGUCCUGCAGGAGAUCAGGGAAUGGCUGGACGACCAUCCCAAAGAGGUGGUCAUCUUGUCCUUCAGUCACUUCCAGGGUCUGACCUCCGAACUGCACCUGCUGCUCCUCGACAUGAUCCGAAACAUAUUCACCUCGAAGCUCUGUCCCCCGAUGGAGCUGUUAACUCUUCGGAACCUGUGGUCUUCAGGCCACCAGGUGAUUGUGUCCUAUGAACACGCUGCGGCCAGCAGCCACCGUGAGCUCUGGCCUCCCAUCCCCUACUGGUGGGCCAACAAGUGCAAAGCUGAGUCGCUCAUCGAGGCCUUCGAGCACCGGAAGCGACAUGGGCGACCAGGAGGGUUCUUCGUCACGGGGAUCAACUUGACGGAGGAUCUUAAAUACAUCUGCACGCACCCCACAGAGUCGCUGAAAGAUCUGGUGAUGUCGACGUACCCCACUCUGCUGUGCUGGGUGAGGGAGCAGACCCCCGGCUCCACGGUGGGCUCCCUCAACAUCAUCGCCGGGGACUUUAUCACAGAGAGCAGCUUUGCGCCCACCGUGGUCGCACUGAACCAGAAGCUGCUGCCACGCUCCUGACUCCUCUGGAGACUCUGGGACUGGACAUUCUGCUGCUUCAACAGAUGUUUCCUCGGCACUAUGUUGUUUACAUCAUAUAUGCAACUUCAAUGUGAGCCAGUUUAGGUGACGACAGCAAUAAUAAGCCUAUAUUAGAAGUAAGGACACACUUUAUUAGAGGUGAUGUUUUAAGCACAAAGACUUAGAUAGCACGUGUGGUGAGAAUGAGUGUGCUCACCUGCUGCUGGUGCCAAAAUGCAUGACCAGGUAGUUGCAUGGUUUUUAACUCCCUGGAGAGGCUGAAGAUGCGCCGCUGUGCCUGAGAGGCCUUUCCAAUAAACACUGGACUUGUGAAACCGCCUCAUCCUUCUGUAAGUAUUCAAUCACAUACAUUGCUAUCAAAUUUUACUCUUUUUCUUGCGCAUACAUAUUCAAUGAAAUAGAUCUGUUUUUGCAUGUCCCAGAUUUCAUCCUAUUUAUCCUAUUAUUGUGAUAGGUGAAGCGUUCAAAUUUGGUGUAUUCCUUCCAUAACUUAAGUCCAAGUCUCCAGUCUGGUGCAUCAACCUUUGUUCCGUUUUUUUGUUUUUUUUUUCUUUCAGCUGUGUGUAUCACUCUUUUGCAAAUUGGGGGCAUGAUUCCCAGCACAACACAACAUUGUCCCACAAUGCUUUCAUUUUAUUACAGGUCCAAAAUGUAUGAAAAUGGCCUGCAUUUGUGUCGCCACAGUCUCUCCAACACUGCUGAGGUUUCCUCCAAUGUUUGCCCCUCAAAUGUGGUGUAAUAGAUCUCAUUGAAAGUCAAUUUUGAAGCUUUUUGAAGCUGAAGAACUUUGUCGUGUUCUACACAUUGAAUCCCAUUCACGCUCAGUGACAUGGAUUUUUAACUCCUGCUCCCACUUUGGUUUAACAUACCAUGUGUGACCACCAUGGCUUUUCUGUAAGAUGCAGUAUAGAGACUAAUGUUUGGUGGUAAUUCUCUUAAAGCAUCCACAAACACUUGGUUAAUCUUGUUUCCUUAGGGAGACAGAUGUUAUUUCAGUGUUGAAGAAAUAUCUUAGCUGCAAGAACCUAAAAAAAAACUGAUUGACCACUUGGAAUUCUUUUUUUUUUCUCAAAUGUUUUAAAUGUGUUUCCCUGCACUAGUUUACAUAUUGCAGUGAUCCCUGUAUUUAUCCAGUUAUCAAAUAUGUCCAUUUUUGCUGGGUUAAAGUGAAAAUUCUUGGAUGGCCAAAUGAACAGUUUGCAAUCACUCUCUAAUCACUAUAUAUGAUUUGCAUGUUUAUAGAUUUUACAGGUUUAUUUGUCGUUGUUUUUAAUUCAUGUGUGUUCAGGUCUACCAACGUAGCUUCCAAAUGGAAUUCCCCUAGGUUUGACUCCAUUCUUUUCCAUUUGGCAUCAUAAUCAGGGCAGCAUCUGAUCUGAGCAGCGUACUAGUAAUGUUGUAGUACUGUAGUAGUACUGUAGUAGUGCUGUACUCUUUAAGGCAGUGUUUUCCAACUGGUGGGCCGCGGCAGAAAUCAUCCAUUUUCCGCUUAUUUGUCCAGAGAUGGAGGUGGGCGAAAUUCAAUUAUGAACAAAUAGACCAUGUUGAGCAGAGUCCAUGGAUUCCUUCACAUUCAUUCAAUACACUAAACUCACAAACGUUCAAAAGUUUGCUAUGUGGUGUAGAAGCUAAAGAGUUACAAAGUUAGAAGGCUAAAAACUAAAUGCAGAACCCAAUAAAUGCACUCCAGAAUGUGAAGACAGAAAGACUGCGUAAUAGUAAUGAAGCAAGCUGAGGCAAAGAAUGUAAAAGAUUUGACUGGAAAUCCCCCAAACUAUAAUAAAGUUAU